CUGAUCAGUUGAGUGAGCAGGCAAUCAAAGAGUUCAGUUUUAAUAGUAGCAGACAACAGUCCGCUUGCUUUCAGAUGCAGUAGACAGUUAAAAUUCUAAGCUAGUAUUUAUUAUACUCGUCAACUUGAGUGUGUUUCCCAAGCAUUUUUGACAAAUCUUGAGUAUAAUCGUAUUUAAUAAGUAUUUAUUUGAUCAGUACAAUGGGAUUUUUGGAUUUUAUGUCGUCUGACAGAGCUUUAGCUCUUUUUGAGAAGAGCCACAGUGAUCAGGGAUCACGCAUUUCUAAGGUAUUUGAAGCAUUGGAAUACCAGGAUGGAAACUUAAUUUCAGGAACUUUGGAAGCAUUUAUCCGUCAUAUCGUACCCACAGGAGAAUAUUACCCAGAUAGAACAUAUUUAUUUGCCUUUUUGCUGAGUUCCAGAUUAUACAUAAAACCAUACCAAUUAUUAGAUCAAGUUUGUCAGCUUUGUAUUUCACAACAAAAUUUAAAUUCAACUAGCGUUGACAAAUCUUCGCUGAGUAAUUUCUGUUCUAACCUGAUGCAGCUUCUUAGCGAGUGGACAGAAACAUUCCCAUAUGACUUUAGGGACGAAAGGUUAAUGAAGCAGCUCAGAGAUAUCACACAGAAAUGCAUCGCAAUUAAUCCAAUGUUGCGCAAAACAGUAGGACAACUCAUGCAAUCACUCAUUAAAAAGCUGUCCACAUUGGAAAAAUAUGAAGACGUAUUAGCACGUGUUACGACCGCGGCAGCUGAGAGAAUGCAGUCCUUACGAACUAAUCCAGAGGCUUUCCAAACAAACAUCAUUGACAUUUGUCCUGAUCCGUACAUUUUAGCUCAGCAAUUAACACAUAUUGAACUUGAACGGUUAACCAAUAUUGGGCCGGAGGAAUUUGUACAGGCAUUUAUCAAGGAAGGAGUAGAUGACACAAAGAUGAAAUUCAGGGAUUUGAAGAGGACCAAAAAUUUAGAAGCAUAUGUGGAAUGGUUUAAUCGCCUAAGUUAUCUGGUUGCCACAGAGAUUUGUAUGCACAUCAAAAAAAAGCAUAGGGCAAAAUUGAUUGAAUAUUUCAUUGAGGUUGCCAGAGAAUGCUUCAACAUUGGAAACUUCAACUCAUUAAUGGCUAUUAUGUCUGGGAUAAACAUGAGUCCUGUUAUGAGGUUACGGAAAACGUGGGCGAAAGUUAACACACAGAAAUAUGAAGUACUUGAGCAUCAGAUGGAUCCAUCAAAUAACUGGUCAACGUACCGACAGUCACUGCGUGCAGCAAUGCAACGUGCACUUAGCGCAAGAGAGGGAGCCUGUGACAGGAUCGUAAUUCCAUUUUUUAGUCUGCUGGUGAAGGAUAUAUAUUUCUUAAAUGAGGGAUGCAGUAACAAGCUUUCAAAUGGUCACAUUAACUUUGAGAAAUUUUGGCAGCUUGCCAAGCAAGUGACAGUAUUCAUGACAUGGAAGAACGUAGAGUGCCCGUAUGACCGAGACAGGAAAGCACUAAAUUAUUUGUUAACAGCUCCUGUCUUCUCCGAGAAUUCCCUGUAUCUUGCAUCAUAUGAGAGUGAAGGGCCAGACAAUGCGUUCGAGCGCGACAAGUACAAGACUCUAAAGAAUAAAGCUACACCAUCCCACAAAUAAACUUAGCUUGCAGUAACUACAGUACACUAGCUGUUUUCCAACCUUGUUGCGUAGGUAACAGAUAAUGAGGACGACUGUACAGCUCCAGUCAUUCUUGAAAUUUGAUAUCUUACGAUGACGUCAAGAUUAAGUAAUACACCCUUCCAUGCAACUGUUGUCAAGAUUCAAGAUGUCUCGAUUGUCAGUAGCAUAACAAGCUGUUUUGAGACUUCUUUCCUAGAUGAAGAAAAACAAAUACAGACAUUAAUCAAUUCUUUACAAGUUUGGCAGAACAUUUGAAUAAUUUGAACAACAGUUAUGAAACAUUUCCUGAAGUAUCAGCAUAUUCGAUGAAAGUGAAAGUUGACUGCCAGAUGCCAAAAAAUGUUUUUGAACUUUUGAAGGCGUGUAAUUUCAAUUCUUGUUCCGAAGCGCAAUAAAUGAGAAGGUAAACUAGAUUGUUGGAAAGGUCAAAUACUUAAAUACAGUACACCAGAUUUUUCUCUGCCUGUAAUACUUUAAUGAUGUGUUUCUUCUUUGAGAAGAAUCACAUACUUCAUUUAUCAACAGAGGAAAAUUGGCCAGCAUAUGAUUUACAAACUUUUAAAAAUUAAAGUUAGAAAAACAUGGAAUUGCAUAUCAGAACUUAGAAAAUUGUGUGCUAUGGCAAUUUUUAUUUUUCUCAAUGAUAAACGUGAAAAUGUGCAAUCAAUUUUAAAACCUCUUUCAUAGUCUCUGAAGACCUUACUGGUGUUGUAAGAAUAAGGGUCUAUUUGAUGAGAAGGGGCAAGGGUAUUGCCUCCAAGGGGAAUGUGUAUUGCCUAUAAGGAGUGUAAUCUUACGUGUUGUGAAUGUGUUUACGCAGUGAUUACAUAUUUACUUAAUCGUAUGUGAUUAUAUAUAUAUUGUGUAUGUGUGUGUUACUAUUGAUAAAUAAUGUAGAGGGCGCUGUUUUAUAAAAGGCAUGGUUGUGUUGAAUGGCUGUUACAGUUUCAGCCAAUAAUAUUAAUGAAGGGAAAUGAAUGUUUUAGAAUAUACCUUUAGGAAUUACUUAGAAUUUGCUAAGAGGAGCCUUGUUUGGGAAGAGUUGCUUUCAGUGAUAAUAUUUGGGAUAUUUCAUAUACAUAUCAAGAAAGCAGGCACAUUCAAUAAUUAUUUUAUAAUUGAUAAUUUUUAUAUUAAUUAUAAAUUAAUUAUUUAUACAAACAAAACCUUGGUAUUGGUUAAGUUUAAGGUUCUGAGAAUACUGUAUAUUAAUAGCUGAUCUGAAAAUAUAAAUCAAAACCAUUUUAAAUUUAGAAUCAGAUAAGUUGAUAAGGUUACAAUUUUUACAAGAAUAUUCACAAAAAAUAUUUAUUGAUAUUUGGCUUAUUAAACACCUACUGUGAAUUUGUUGAUGAAUUUAAUUUAGUUUUUGACUUUUUUUUUUAAACUGAUAAUCAUGUAAUUCAUAUUGUAUAAAUAUUAUUUUUGUCGAGAUUUUACAAGCGUAGUGUUUGUCUUUGAGAACGUUCAUAGUUUAAAAAAUGAUUAAUUCGAAGUACACAAAUUAAUUAAUGAUUAUUACCUAUUAGACAUUUCAAUUUAUACAGCCAUUUCACCAAAGAACUGUAGCAGGCCAUGAAGAAUUUUCAUAAUUAACAAAAAAAAAUUAUGUUUAUAUUUAGCCAAAAAAUAUUUAAUUCAUUAAAAAAGAUCUAUGAUAAUCAGUUAUUAAUACCUGUGAUGAUGUAUUCAUAGGGAUGGUGUCUCAUAAAUUAUGAUAUUAAUGAUUAAAUUACUUAAUGGCAAAAUAACUGUAGAGGGCGCUAUUUAAUAGAGGGAAUGCUACAUUGAAAUUUUGUUUAUAAUUGAUCAGGUAUCAAGAAAAAUUAGUAGUGUAUUAUUGAAAGUUAAUUUGAAUUUUCUAAAAUAUUUUAUUAUUUCUGAAUUUGUUAUUGAUCAGAUGAAGAUAAAUUUUAACGUGUCUAAUUCUAGAGCCGAGGCGUUUGUUCCCACAUGGUGCUUUGAUAGUACCGAUAUUUACGUGCAAUCUCAGCAUGUUAGAGACAAAGUAUGUUGAUUAACACUGAUAAUUUAAAUUAUCAUUUUGUUGACUAUGCCUGUCAUUGUAAAUGAUUGGUAGGUAUGACGACACAUUGAAUAAUUUGUAUAAAAUGUACAGUGUAUGUAAAAAGCAAAAAUAAAAUGAAGUAUAAGUGGAUAUGAA